AUGUGUGACAUGGGGGGUCUGGAGAACCUGGUGGCCAACACGGCCUACCUGAAAGCGCAGGCCGGCCUGGACAAGGACAUGCGGCGGAGACGGCGCAGCCAGGCCCUCCCCAAGCCCGAGCAGUGCACUGCCGCCCGGUUCUGCGUGGGCGCCGACUUUGAUUUCCUGUGCGUACGGCAGCCCAUCGGCAGGACGUUCUUCCGGAGGUUCCUCGAGCAGUCCGCUGCUCCGGAGUACGCGGCCGCCGCGGAGUUCCUGGAAGAGCUGGCCUACUGGGACCUGGCGGAGGAGGACGGAACCAAGGACGAAGCCCAGCAGAACAUCAUCAACCGGUUCUGCAAGCCGGACUCGGACAGCUUCCUGUCCUUCCUGACAGGCGAGCUGGCGGAGAGGUGCCAGGCCGUCACUGCCAGGAACUUCCAGGAGAUCAUGAAGUGCCAGGUGAGGGACGCCACCAAGGAGUUCCUGAGGGGCAAGCCCUUCACCGAGUACCAGAACAGCCCGUACUUCGACAAGUUCCUGCAGUGGAAGCAGUUUGAGAAGCAGCCCAUCAGCGAGAGGUACUUCUACGAGUUCAGGACUCUGGGCAAAGGAGGCUUUGGAGAGGUGUGUGCAGUGCAGGUGAAGUGCACGGGCCAGAUGUACGCCUGCAAGAAGCUGGACAAGCGGCGGCUGAAGAGCAAGGGAGGCGAGCGGCUGGCCCUGCUGGAGAAGCAGAUCCUGGAGAAGGUCAACAGCCCGUUCCUGGUCAACCUGGCCUACGCCUACGACACGCCGGUGCACCUGUGCCUCGUCAUGACCCUGAUGACGGGCGGCGACCUCAAGUAUCACAUCUACGACAUGGGCGAGCGCGGCAUCGACCCCGAGCGCAUCGUCUACUACACGGCGCAGAUCACCUGCGGCCUGCUGCACCUGCACUCCAUGGACAUCGUGUACCGCGACAUGAAGCCGGAGAACGUGCUGCUGGACAGCCGCGGCCAGUGUCGCCUCUCCGACCUGGGGCUGGCCGUGCAGCUGCGGCAGGAGGUGGCGAUCAACCAGAAGGCUGGCACCAGUGGCUACAUGGCGCCCGAGCUCCUGCGUCAGGACCCGUACAGCAUGUCUGUGGACUGGUGGGCGCUGGGCUGCAGUAUCUACGAGAUGGUGGCGGGCCGCCUGCCCUUCAAGGACUUCAAGGAGAAGGUGCAGAAGGACGAGGUGACGCGCCGCACCUUCGAGGACGACGUCAAGUUCACCCACCGCAACUUCGACGCGCCCACCCGCAGCAUCAUCGAGCAGCUGCUCAAGAAGAAAGUCAGCCGGCGCCUCGGGAGCAAGGAGAGUGGCGAGGACCCGCGCAAGCACGAGUGGUUCAAGUCCAUCAACUUCCCCCGGCUGGAGGCCGGCCUGAUGGAGCCGCCGUGGACGCCGCGGCCCAACGUGGUCUACGCCAAGGACACGGGCGACAUCCGCGACUUCUCGGAGGUCAGGGGCGUGCAGCUGGACGCGGCCGACCACAAGUUCUACAAGGAGUUCAGCACGGGCGCCGUGUCCAUCCCCUUCCAGCAGGAGAUGAUGGACAGCGGCCUCUUCGAGGAGCUCAACGACCCCAGCAGGGUGGAACCCAUCCCGCUGACGGGGGACGAGAAGAAGUCCAAGUCCUGCGUCCUGUCUUGA